GCUUCCCCUGCAAAUUCUAAAAUCUUUCCCUAAUUUUCCUUGAGCUUGUCAAAGGUGAAGAAAAAUGGAGAAUUCGACUCAAGAAUCCCACCUGAGAUCCGAUAACUCCGUAACCUACGAAUCACCCUACACGGUUUACGCCAUGGCCGUAUCUUCAACCCCCUCCCCGACGAAUCUCAACCAUCAAUCCAUCGCUCUCGGCAGUUUCCUCGAAGACUACAAUAACAGAGUUGACAUAAUCGCCUUUGAUCCAGACACGCUUUCCGUCAAAACCCACCCGACCCUUUCCUUCUACCACCCUUAUCCACCCACAAAGCUCAUGUUCCAACCCAAUCGUAAAUCCUCCUCCUCUUCUUCCGAUCUCCUCGCUUCCUCCGGCGAAUACCUUCGUCUCUGGGAAGUUCGUGAAUCUUCCAUUGAACCUCUCUCUGUUCUCAACAACAGCAAGACCAGCGAGUUUUGUGCCCCGUUAACUUCCUUCGAUUGGAACGAUGUUGAACCCAAGAGAAUCGGGACCUCCAGCAUCGACACUACAUGCACGAUUUGGGACAUCGAGAAGGGCGUCGUCGAGACCCAAUUGAUCGCUCAUGAUAAAGAGGUUUACGACAUUGCAUGGGGUGAAGCUAGAGUUUUUGCGUCCGUUUCCGCUGAUGGGUCUGUCAGGAUUUUCGAUUUGAGGGACAAAGAACAUUCCACGAUUAUUUAUGAAAGUCCUCAACCCGACACCCCUUUAUUAAGGUUGGCUUGGAACAAGCAAGAUUUGAAGUAUAUGGCUACUAUUCAAAUGGAUAGCAACAAAGUUGUGAUUUUGGAUAUAAGGUCACCCACGAUGCCGGUGGCUGAGUUGGAGCGCCAUCAAGCCAGUGUCAAUGCGAUCACCUGGGCUCCUCAGAGUUCUAAGCAUAUUUGUUCUGCUGGGGAUGAUACACAGGCUUUUAUUUGGGAGUUGCCUACGGUGGCUGGACCUAAUGGUAUCGACCCUUUGUGUGUGUACUCUGCUGGCUCAGAAAUCAAUCAGUUGCAGUGGUCUGCUGCUCAACCGGAUUGGAUUGCCAUUGCUUUUUCUAACAAAAUGCAGCUUCUCAAAGUUUGAGUCACUUGAAUGAAGUAUCAUGAAGACCUGCUACAGAUCCUAUAUAUAAAAAUGGAACUCUCGAGUAGCUUAGGUUCGCAUCAGUUGCUGAUUGAACAGUAGUAUUCUGUGGUAUUUGUUGUAAUAGCAUGAAUGAGUACUUGAAGGUUCAUAUUGGAUGAUCAAUGCAUGUUCAAAACAAAGUUGUAUUAAUAGAAAGCUCUGAUCUUAGGC